AUGCUGCGUUCCCUGAAUAACCAUCACAUUCCUACUACUUCAACUUUUGGUAGCACAAUAACAACAAGACCACAAUUCACAGUCAUGCUGGGCCGUCCUCAACGACGGGGGUUUGCCACUUCUUCUUCUGGUGACAAGACGGAGGAAACCACCUUUACGGACGACAGCACUAUCAGCAAUACUGAUAAUAGCAGCGCGGAAGUGGACGCCACGUUGGAACGACUGUUUCAAGAACAAAGCAAUCUGCAAUUGACAGCCGAACAAGUCGCCAAUACCAGUUUGGAAUUUGUCCCCACAUGGUGGUACUUCAGUGACCAAUGCAUCCAAAUGAUUUUCAAAGUACAAGAAUUAUCCGGUGUCGAAUUGGGGACUGCCAUUAUGGGGACCACGUUGGCGGUCCGUCUCGUCUUGUUCCCCAUUGUCUUGUCGACCCAAAAAUCGGCUUCCCGCAUGGCCCAUGUCCAACCGGAAUUGGAAGUCCUCAAACACAAUUUUGAGAAGAUUCGCAAUCCUACCGCAGAAGACAAGAUUCAAAUGGGCAAAAAGGUACAAGACCUAUUCAGGAGGUACGACGUCAGUCCCUUUCGAUCCAUGUUAAUGCCCUUCAUUCAAUUCCCAUUCUUUCUCGGAAUGUUCUUUGGACUCAAAAAAAUGCCCGAUUACUUUGCCGCCGAAAUGGCCACGGGA